AUGACGACAUCAUCACCAAACAAUGGCGUCAAAUUGAUCAUCUUCGACAAGGAUGGCACCCUUUUGGACUUCCACAAAAUGUGGAUGCCCUAUGCAACCACUACCGUAAGACUUUUGGAAGCGGCAACAAAUCUUCGUGUCGGACCAGCUAUUUACAAAACAUUGGGAGUUGAUCCAGUUGCCGGAAAGGUUUCGAUGGGAGCACUUGCCGAGAAGACAUUGACGGGUAUUCGAGAGGAUAUCUCGUUGACACUUCAAACUUUUGGAAUUACUCCAGUCGAGGCUGAUGCUAUUGUUCAUGGAUGCGUUCCAGAAGCUUCUCCAGGAGAGAUGUCACCAGUUUGUGAUAUGCCAGCUCUAUUCACUACUCUCAAAUCAAUGGGAAUCAAAAUUGCUGUCUGUACUGCUGACUCCAGAGCCGCCACCAUCGAUCAAAUGAACAAAAUGGGCGUGGUUCCGUUCCUUGACGAUGUCAUCUGUGGAAAUGAUGUUGGAAUUGUGCCGAAACCCUCACCACAUUGUGCAAUUCAAAUUUGUAGACGGCUGGGUGUCGAGUUGAAGGAGACAUUGAUGGUCGGUGAUACGAUUGCUGACUUGAAAAUGGGCAAAGUGGCGGGUCUUCGAGCCAGUGUCGCUGUGAUGACUGGUGUAGGAACACGUGAAACAUUGGCACAAUAUUCGGAUUAUUUCCUGGAAGAUAUCAGUGAAUUACCCCAUUUGAUCACAAAAACGAUGACCGAAGACACGAAACGUGGAUGA